CGACAAUCGCGAAGGGUAGUUGCUGAGAUACUCCUCGGCGAGACGAGAGUUCAGUUAUUACGUAAGGGAUGUUGCUACUGUGCGAUGCUCCGUAGAAACCGUCGCUCCGUAACGCUGUCUGUCAUCGUGCUAACGAUUCCCGUAACGUCAUGCGAGUCUUAACAGUAGUGAGUUUUAUUAUAACGUUUAAAUCGCGCUGCGACAACUCGUGGCGAGACAACGGUCCUUGAGAAGAAAUAAAAAAAUAUACUUAUUUAUUUUUUAUUUCUUCAUUUUUAUCCUGUUUAAAUUCAAAUUUAAAUCUCUUUUUGAGUACAAUCGGUACAUCGAUGGAACUGAGACUCGUCUUGCUCGCUUUUAUUAUCGGUAUCUGCUCGGGGUUGCGCGAGGUGCGCAUGCAGACACCGGUGGCAGUUGAGAAGGGUAACUCGGCAGUGUUAAAUUGCUGGUAUGACUUAGAAGGCGCUACCCUAUAUGCGGUCAAGUGGUACAAAGGCGGCAGAGAGUUUUAUCGUUUCACCCCAAAUGAAUCGCCACCGUCUAAAACAUUCCCCAUUGGUAAUCUUCAAGUUAAUAAGACCGAGAGCAAUGCGACACAGGUCACUCUGGAGAAUCUGGAGCUCGACGCUGCUGGUGAAUACAGCUGUGAGGUAUCGGCUGACGCACCAUCCUUUCACACCGCCAUUGUAUACGCGACAAUGAAUGUCGCUGAAUUACCCACUCAGAGACCUGAAAUACAUGGACUGAGGAGAAAGUACAGGAUUGACGAUACACUUAGGGUUAAUUGUACUUUAGGAAGAAGUAAACCUGCUGCUAAUUUGACGUGGUACGUCAAUGACAGACAGCCAUUACAAUCUCACGUGCGCACGUACAGUCCACUUGAUACAAAUGAUUCAGAGUGGCAGAUCGCACAAACUAGCUUGCAAUUUCUCGUAACGCCGGACCACUUUAUGUCGGGGAAGCUCAAGAUCCGGUGCAGCGCCUCAAUAUACGAUAUAUAUUGGCAAAGUACUGAGGUGAGCGCGGAAGAAGAGAGACCGAGAGUUAUACAAUUGGAGCCAGCGGCAACUAUAGUGGGCAUCAAUUAUCUUCAACCUCCCCCGAACUUUCAGACUGGCCAACGAAAACCCGAUGGACAUCUUGACGUUAAAGACAUCGAAUCUUCCUCGUCGUCAUCGUCGCCGUCAUCCCAAGCAAGACUACGAGGGUCCUGGCAAUUUAUUUUUGAAUUGCUCGUAUUCCUACGACUGGCUAUCAACGUCAUCCAUUAAUGAUUAAUACCCCUACUUCGUAAAAAAAAUAAAAAAACCAAAAAAAAGAAAAACAAAUAAAAUUAAUAAAUAAUUAAAUAAUAAAAUAUAAAAUAAAAUAAAAAAAACUUCUGUAUUAUAUGCGUGCUUUGGAGCUCUUUAUAUAAAUUGACGUGCUUGUAAGAAAAGUUCUCGUA